AUUACGUGGCAAUAUUAUAAAUUCGUUUCGAGAUAAAUAUUUCAAUUGAAAUAAAUAAAUUGACGAUACAAGGUAACUUUAUUUUUUUCCGGCCCGGUUUAUUUGUAUCGUAGAAUUAUUUUUUUUUGUUUUCUCUCCCUCCAAAAAAGUUAAACGCGUUUGUUGUGAUUACACGAUGGAUCGAUGAAGAGAGAAAAUAAUAUAACAAAAGGGAGCACAGCAGUGUGAUAUGAAGGAACGUUUUCGAAAAUGAUGAGGAGGAGCGAUACGAGUAAAUACGAGGUCAGUGAGGUCGCAGGAGUAAUCAUUUUGCUCCUGGUCGCAUUGACUCCUGUUCUUUGCUCCGCCGGAAUUUUGGAUCCCUUUCAAUGGGCAAGAAGCGAUCGAAUCGAAGUGAACAUACCAUGGUUACCAUUCGAGAACGAAACAAGAUGUUACGACGAGUUAGGCUGUUUGAACAUAACAAGAAGUUGGUAUCAUUUAAUGUAUAGACCAUUAAAUGUAUUUCCUUUACCAAGAGAAGUCAUCAACACAAGCUUCAUCCUUUACACCAAUGACAAUCCAACUGUAGGUCACGUAUUGACGGUAGCCAAGGACAAAACAAUCAAAUAUUCUAACUUCAAUCCUAAACGAAAGACUAAGUUUAUAAUUCAUGGUUUUAUUGAUACACCACUUAGCAGUUGGGUAAAGGAAAUGAAAAACGAAUUGUUAAAACACGGGGAUUACAAUGUAAUUGUGGUGGAUUGGGCUGGUGGUAGUCUACCUCUUUAUACACAAGCUACAGCCAAUACAAGAUUAGUUGGCUUAGAAAUAGCUCAUCUGAUCAAACACUUACAGACCAAUUAUAGAUUGGAACCAAACGAUGUUCAUCUGAUAGGUCACAGUCUUGGUGCUCAUACAGCCGGUUAUGCUGGUGAAAAAUUACGUGGUAACGUUGGCAGAAUAACAGGCUUGGAUCCAGCGGAACCAUAUUUUCAAGGAAUGCCAAGUCACAUUCGUUUGGAUUAUACUGAUGCCCAAUUGGUCGACGUAAUUCAUACGGAUGGAAAGAGUAUAUUUUUCUUAGAGCUUCCAGGUUAUGGGAUGAGUCAAGCAUGUGGACACCUGGACUUUUAUCCAAAUAAUGGAAAGGAACAACCAGGUUGUACGGAUUUGAGUGAGACAACACCAUCUUUACCGUUGACUUUAAUACGUGAAGGUUUUGAUGAAGCAUCACGUGUCCUGGUGGCUUGCAAUCAUAUACGUGCCAUAAAGCUCUUCACCGAGAGCAUCAAUUCGAAGUGUCAGUAUAUAGCUCAUGAAUGUUCGAGCUAUAAGAGUUUCCUAAAGGGCGAGUGUUUUUCUUGCAAGGGAAACGAUAGUUUAAACUGUGCGAUCAUGGGUUAUCACGCUGAUGCUAGUCCAGCUUUGUUAAGACGUAGAGCCACUAAACAAGAUGUAUCCUCGUUGCUAGGAUCUAAAUUUUUUUUUAACACUGGCAAAGAAGAUCCUUAUUGCAGAAGACACUACAGGAUAACGGUCAAUCUAGCUAGACCACCCACUGCCGAAAGUUGGGUUCAAGGUUUUAUGAAGGUAACUCUUCAUGCUGACAACGGACUGAUACGUAAUAUGGAUCUCACACCUAGUGGUUAUAUGAGACUAGAACAUGGCACGAGCGUACGAAUGGUGAUAGCUCAUCCGUCAGGUUCAAUUGGCAAGAUCAGACGAGUAGAAUUAUCCUGGUCUUAUGAUAUGGACGUGCUUCAACCGCGAUCGCUAUGCUUUUUUUGGUGUAACGAUCGAUUAUACGUCAACAGUGUUAGCGUUGACGUAAUGGAACUACCAGGAAGAGGGUGAGUCUCUUAAUAUUUUAGCUAACAUUAAUAACGAGUUAGUGUAUACUAGUAACAAUAGCAAUAAUAUAAUAAUAAUAAUAAUAAUAAUA